AUGAAGUACAUCGUCGUGACGGGCGGCGUUGUUAGCGGCCUGGGCAAGGGCGUCACGGCGAGCUCGAUCGGCGUGGUCCUUAAAGCGUGCGGAUGGCGCGUGACGUCGAUCAAGAUAGAUCCGUACUUGAACACGGACGCGGGCACGAUGUCCCCGUUCGAGCACGGGGAGGUGUUCGUGCUGGACGACGGAGGCGAGGUGGAUCUGGACCUGGGCAAUUACGAGAGGUUUCUUGACGUCACGCUCACCAGGGACAACAAUCUGACGACGGGCAAGAUAUAUCAGUCUGUGAUCGAGCGCGAGAGGCGAGGGGACUACCUGGGUUCAACAGUCCAAGUGGUUCCUCACAUAACGGAUGCCAUCCAGGACUGGAUGGAAAGGGUGGCACACAUCCCCGUUGAUGGCAAAGAUGGCAGCCCGGACGUGUGCGUGAUGGAGCUGGGAGGCACUGUGGGUGACAUCGAGUCCAUGCCAUUCCUUGAGGCUCUGCGGCAGUUUCAGUUCCGUGUCGGACCACAGAAUUUCUGUGUCGUUCAUGUGAGCCUGGUGCCCGUUCUGGGGGUUGUGGGCGAGCAAAAGACAAAACCCACACAGCACAGCGUCCAGGUGCUGCGCUCGCUUGGGCUGAACCCCAACCUGCUGGCAGUGAGGAGCCAGGAUGUGGUGGUGGACGCUGUCAGGAAGAAGCUGGCCCUAUUCUGCCAGGUGAAGCCUGAAAACGUGCUCAACAUUCAUGACGUCUCCAACAUCUGGCACGUGCCCUGCAUCCUGGAGGAGCAGGCUGCCCACAAGACGAUCUGCGACGUUCUAGGCCUGCCUGGUGCCGAGUCCAUGGACCUUUCCAGCUGGAAGGACAAGCUGGCAAACCGGUGGGAUGUGCUAACGGACAACGUUAAAAUCGUGCUGAUUGGCAAGUACACCGACUUGCAGGACGCCUACCUCUCAGUGCUGAAGGCACUGCAGCACGCAUGCCUCAGUGCUAACCUCAGGCUGCAGGUCACCUGGGUGGAGGCCAGUAACCUGGAGGAGGCUGCCAAGGUUCAGGACCCUGAGGCCUACAAGUCGGCCUGGGAGGACCUGCGCUCAGCCAGUGGCAUACUGGUCCCUGGGGGUUUCGGCAAUCGGGGAAUCGAGGGCAAGAUCUUGGCCGCCAACUAUGCUAGGUUGCACAGGGUGCCCUACUUGGGUAUUUGCCUUGGAAUGCAGGUCGUGAUUAUCGACUUCGCCAGGUCGGUGCUGGGCCUGGCGGACGCCAACAGCACAGAGUUCGACAGCGCGACGGCCCACCCGGCGGUGGUCUUCAUGCCCGAGGGCUCCACCACCCGCAAGGGCGGCACCAUGAGGCUGGGCAGCCGGCGCACCGUGCUGCAGACGGUGGACUGCAUAACCGCCAAGCUGUACCAGUGCGAGAGGUACGUGGACGAACGGCACCGCCACAGGUACGAGGUCAAUCCGGCCAUGGUGGAGCGCCUGGAGGAGAGGGGGCUGCGGUUCGUUGGGAGGGACGAGACGGGGAAUCGGAUGGAGAUCGCGGAGCUGGACAGCAGCUUGGGGCACCCGUUCUUUGUGGGCGUGCAGUUCCACCCGGAGUUCAAGUCGCGGCCCUACCGCCCGGCGCCGCUGUUCCUGGGGUUCAUCUUGGCCUCAGGGAACAAACUCGACAGCUACAUACGGGGAUCGCUUCGCCACAGGCCCGACAGAGCCGCGGCGACGCCCGGCUGGUCCGGAACCCAGCUGGCCCCGACGUGA